AAAAAAAAAAAAAUUUUUAUUUUUUUAAAAAAAAUUUCUUCCGUUAUUUUAAAAAUAUUACUUUUUUUUCAUUUGAAUAUUCAAAUAAAAAUAAAAUAAAUCCUCAAAAUUUUUUCUUUAAACCUUAUUAUUUAUUAUAUAUAUAUUUAUUCAUUUUUAUUCCAUUUUUUUAUUGUUUUAUUUAUUCAUUUCACCCUAUUAUUUUUUUACAACUACAUUUUUUUCCCUCUUAUUUUAGACUUAGAAAUUUAAAUUAAUGAUAUCUUCAACUGUUCCAAGUAAGCGAACGCGCUUAUCUGAAUUAGAACCAAAACCAAAUCAACAAAAUCAACAAUCACAACAAAAUCUUCCUAAUCUUCAACAAUCACAAUUCACAAAUCAACAUACACCAUUACGACAAAUGUUUCAUCAAAAUCAGCAUCAGCAUCAACAACAUCAACAACAUCAGCAUCAAUUAAUCCCUGGUGAUUUCAUUCCAUCUUCACAAGUUCAACAACAACAACAACAGCAGCAGCAGCAACAACAACAACAACAACAAAAAAUUACAUCUCCUCAACAAGAAUCUGAAUUAAUUUUAACAAAUCAAGAGAUUCAACGUCUUAAAAAGGGAUUCGAAUUCUUAGUUGAAACUGUAGUCCCAAAUAAAAGUCAAUAUGCAAAAGAUGUAUUUGCAGAUAUUAUUAAAUCUACAAUUUCCGCUAUUUCAACUUCUGAUUCUUCCAAUAUUUCUAAUGAUACACUCUCACAAAAAGAUGAUUCAACUAAUAAAUCAAAUUCGAUUGUAUUAGAUAUUCCGAUUCUUACCGAGUCAACUCGUAAUGAAUCAAAUCAAGUUACAUCUCCUUUGAGUCUAAUAUUAAACCAUACUUUUCCAAGUAGUGUGGUUGAAUUAGUCGAUAAACUUUCAAAAAUAUCUAUUAAUCCCUUCGAUUUAUCUGCCAAUUCUUCCCCUACUAAUAUUAAUUCAACAACAAGUAAUGUUUCUUCAACACCUGAUGUUACUCCUUCACCUAAAGCUUCUAUUCCUCCUCCAUCUAAAGAAUUAUGUCAGCAUUUGAUACAUGAAUAUUUUACUCAAUUUAACGUUACGAUUCCAAUAUUGGAUCGUCGAAAGUUUAUUGAUCAUUGGCGUAAUGAGAAUACAAAACAUUCUCAAUUGUUAGUAACCGCUACUUUAGCUUUGGCUGCUGCAAGAUAUUCUGAUGAUCCUUCCAUUCAGAAAACUCCUGAUAAACCUGGUGGCGUUUUCUUUGAUAGUGCAAAGGUAAAAAAAAAUUUUUUUUUUUUUUUUAGGAUGUAACUCAUAAUUUAUCAUGUUUCAUUUAUAUUAAAUACACGCUUCUUCUUUUUUUUUUAGAAAUUAUUGGAUACAUUGUAUGAUACACCUCGAUUGGAAACAGUACAAGCAUUAUUACUACUUACUCAUGCGGAAAAUACUGUAUCACGUUUAGAUAGUACAUAUAUGUUUUUAGGCAUGGCUGUUCAAAUGGCACAUGCGUUGCAUCUUGAACGUAGUG